UGGCCUGUUUCAAACCUUCACUAAUCCAUCCAUUCGCUUCAUUGGUAGCUUUCAGCUGCAUGUUGUUUUUUCUCUCCCUCACCUCGCAAUUUGAAACCAGAUAUCUGCUCCUUCAAUCUUUUUGAACUGUUGAUCAGCAUUUGUCGGGUGUACUGCCCAUCCAAACGCUGAAUAUGGCGCAAGUGAAGGAUGCUCUCAAGGCUUCCCUUGUGGGAACGCCUGAGCAAGAAACCCCCAUGACUGCACAAGUUAGAGCAAACUUCAUGCAACAUGCGCGAACAGACACUGGGACCGGGGAACUGUAUAUGAUGGAGGAAGAUUUCAUCAAUGCAAUUGCUCCAAAGCAAGAGAACUAUCAUAAGAUAAAACGGGAACAAUACGGUAUUCUCUUCCAGGUCGCCGAUCGCCGACAAACAGGACGUGUGAACCUUGGUGACUGGGCUGCAUUUGAGAGCCUCCUGGCAAAACCAGAUGCUGAGUAUGAAAUCGCAUUCCGGCUGUUUGAUGCGGACAGGACUGGCACUGUCAAAUGCGAAACCAUCCAGAAGCUGUAUAAUGCAAACAAGAGCGGAGAUGCGAUUCCCUUCGAUUGGAACUCCGAAUGGGCUUCUUUGUACACUGGCAGGAAGAAGACUCGACACGACAUGACCUACCCACAGUUUGCGCAGAUGCUUCGGGGAUUGCAGGGAGAAAGAAUUCGUCAAGCCUUUCACCUCUUUGACAAAGACGGAGAUGGCUAUAUCGAGCCAGAGGACUUCCAGCGCAUCAUUCUCCAGACCGCAAAGCAUAAGCUUUCAGACCAUUUGCUGGAAAACCUGCCAACCCUCUGCAACAUUUCUACCGGUAGCAAAAUUUCAUACGCCAACGUCCGCGCGUUCCAGAACAUCAUCCGAGAGAUGGAUAUGAUCGAAUACAUCAUUCGAAGUGCCAUCAGCAAGAGCAAAGACGGCAUGAUCACCAAGGCUGAUUUCCUGAACGAAGCUGCUCGUGUCACCCGCUUUUCUCUAUUUACACCAAUGGAAGCUGAUAUCUUGUUCCAUUUCGCCGGCAUGGACACACCUUCCGGAAAGCUUUCGUGGAGUGAUUUCACCAAGGUGAUCGAUUCAUCAUGGCACACCACUACUGCCUUGGGAGCGGAGGCAAUCGCCACGGUGUCGCAUGCUACGGACCAGGCCGUGACAAAAUCGAAGAAGCUAUUACAAGGUCUUCUUGAAUCCGUGCAUCACUUCGCGUUAGGAAGCCUUGCAGGUGCCUUUGGAGCGUUCAUGGUCUACCCAAUUGACCUUGUGAAGACAAGAAUGCAAAACCAACGGAGUGCUCGCGUCGGUGAAAAGCUGUACAACAAUUCCGUUGAUUGCGCAAGAAAGGUUAUCCGAAAUGAAGGUGUCCUCGGGUUGUACUCCGGCGUCCUGCCGCAGUUGAUUGGUGUUGCUCCCGAGAAGGCAAUCAAGCUCACGGUUAACGACUUGGUCCGUGGCACAUUCACCGAGAAAAAGACAGGCAACAUUUGGUGGCCAUACGAGCUGCUUGCUGGUGGUACAGCUGGAGCCUGUCAAGUGGUCUUCACAAACCCAUUGGAAAUCGUCAAGAUCCGUCUGCAGGUUCAGGGAGAGAUCGCAAAAUCCGGACAGGCCGCCCCACGUCGAUCAGCGAUGUGGAUCAUCAAGAAUCUGGGUCUCGUGGGAUUGUACAAGGGAGCCAGCGCGUGUCUGCUUCGUGAUGUCCCCUUCUCUGCCAUCUACUUCCCCACAUACGCCCAUCUUAAGUCAGACUUCUUCGGCGAAACUCCCACCAAGAAGCUCGGUAUCCUGCAGCUCCUCACAGCAGGCGCAAUCGCAGGUAUGCCUGCCGCCUACUUGACCACUCCCUGUGACGUCAUCAAGACGCGUCUUCAGGUCGAGGCUCGAAAGGGAGAGACGAAGUACACGUCGCUGCGUCACUGCGCGACCACAAUCCUCAAGGAAGAGGGCUUCACGGCGUUCUUCAAGGGAGGUCCCGCGCGUAUUCUGCGCUCUUCUCCACAGUUCGGCUUCACUCUCGCCGCAUACGAAGUUCUCCAGAAGCUGUUGCCCUUGCCUGGCGCGCCUCACGAAGAUGUGACCCCCACGGGAUCAGUCGAGCCUGGUAUUGGCCUCCAGCCUGCCACCGCGCCAUUGCCGUAUCUUCGCUCGCGCAACGCGCUGAAGCUUAUCCUUGACUUGGACGAGAACUUUGGACGGAUCCGAGUUCCCCAGAGCAAGUCCUGGCCAGGUUUUCCCGGCGUAUCGAGACAGUGAAACUUUGCAUACGAUUCUCCUUUUACGUUGGCUUUCUCUCGGCUCAUUUGGGUUCAUAUUCCUCUUUCCUUUGCGAGGCCAUAGAUACGACUUUUAGAUUCCAGAGGGCGUCGAGGGAUUGCGCUUCUGAUCUCCCCUUUCUUUCAAUUUUUUUUUUUUUCCCCUUCCAUUGGGAUUGAGACGUCAUUUUUUUUGACACAAUUAAAAAGUUCAAGACCUUAGACCGGCAACGUCUUCCAGCGACUCCGCUCGAAUUUUUGUCCGCGAUCCCCCGGUUGCAUUGCGCCCGUGAACCCUAAUUGGGAACUGUCCGUGGGCUGCAGCCUACUAUUUGUCCUCCCUCAACUUAAUUUUACCGUUACGAGAUAAUGAUGCGUGUUUUUCUCCCCCUUGUCGUACUCCUGUUUCAAUAUCAGAUUCGUUUUUCCCUACUGUUCCAAAGAUCCUUUUUGAUGGCAUGGUUGACUCCCUUCUAUUCCGGUUUCUUAAUCUUGGCUUUGUCUUGCUACGCGUGCAUGUUCUCCUUUUGUGUUUUCUAGUCUGCAUAGUUAUGUUGUUUUCUUUUCGGUCGAGCAACGAUCCCACCAGAGCAAAUCAAACAUCGUGAAUCUUACAGGUGGGAAGAAACCAUGAGAGUUAGCAGACAUAGCUUCUGUCUCUUUUGUCUACCUAAUUCCAUAUCUUGGUGUUGAUUUGACACUAGAGGCUCCUUGAUUUUUAUACAUUGAAAAAUAUUCUGGGCUUUUUCUUUUCCUAUCGAACUUUCUCAUCUAGAAUUCGGAUAGACGCUGCUUCAUAGGCGGGCAGAGCUUCAACAGACUAGAAUGGUAGUUAGUG